GGAACUCUCCUAUCAAUGGAGACCAGUAAUUUACACCCUUGAUUUGUUUACAAACAUUGGAAUCGACCUUUUUGCAGGGUUCUCUUUUUAAAAGCUUACAGUCCAAUGAUCCCAGUAUCAAACACAAAUAUUUGAUAACAAUGAUAACAUGCAGGGAAUUCAUUUAUUUUACUUUGAUAUCGAUUGAAGUGAAAUAGCUGUGUCAUUCCGAAUGUUCUAAAAUUUGACGCUGCAGGUCGUUGACAAUGUUGUGUUCGCAUUUUUUCAUUGGUGUCCAACAGUUUUUAGUUUCCUGAAUGCUGAAUAGAUACAGUCUUGUAACAUACACACUGUCAGCCAUUGUUGGGAAUCUUAAAGUGACUUCCAAGACUCCGAUAAGUCGUACCUGCCAGCUCCUUGAUCCGUUUAGAUUUACUACCCAGACUUGUGGGAUUAAAACUCGUACUGUGGAUGCAAUGAAGGCUAAGACAGUGUUUAAGGCGGUCCUAUCUGUGGAGCAGGAUGAAGGUGUAGGGGCACGAGUCCGGCGGAGCGUGGGGAGACCCGAGUUAAAAAAUUUCGAUCCAUUCCUGAUGCUGGAUGAAUUCAAAGACAAGGCUCCCGGUGGCUUCCCUGACCAUCCUCACAGGGGAUUCGAGACGGUAACCUAUGUUCUGAAAGGUAAAAUGCGACAUGAGGAUUUUUGUGGCCACAAAGGAACAAUUGGACCUGGAGACUUGCAGUGGAUGACGGCUGGCCGUGGAAUUGUCCAUUGUGAAAUGCCUCAUGGAGAUGAAGAGGUCCAUGGUCUACAGCUUUGGGUCAACCUCGCCAAAAAAUACAAGAUGAUUGAGCCAGCAUACCAGGAGCUGCUGAGCAAGGACAUCCCAAGCGUAACCAAGGACGGGGUCACUGUCAAGGUCAUUGCUGGGGAAGCUUUUGGUAUUAAGUCCAAGGUUUAUACCCGUACGCCCACAAUGUACCUGGACUUUAAGCUGGAUCCAGGAUCGAAGCUGGAACAGCCAAUUCCUGCAGGUUGGAGGUCAUUUUUGUACACCCUGUCCGGCAAAGCCAAGUUUGGUCCAUCAGGAAAUCAGAAGGAAUUUGAGGCACAUCACACCGUGACCUUCAAUGAUGACGGCGACUCCAUAUUUGUGGAAAACACGGGGUCAACAGAGUGUCAUUUCGUGAUGAUAGCUGGAGAGCCAAUCAAAGAGCCUAUCUUCCAACACGGGCCCUUUGUUAUGAACACACAAGAUGAAAUACAACAGACUUUUUACGAUUAUCGGUCAGGAAAAAAUGGUUUUGAAAACGCCCCUAAAUGGAAGUCAGAUUACGUGAAGAAUCGCAAGUGAAGCACUCCUUAUUUGUCCUUUCUGUAGGGCCGUUUGUGAUGACAUCUGAGGAGGAACUACAGGAAACGAGGAAAGAUUAUCAGUAUGGCAGGAACGGAUUCGAAAACGCCCAUUCCUGGAAUUCCUUUAUUGUUACAGAGGACGACACAUAUUGAAUGUUUAUCUUGUUAUAUUCUUAAGGUUAUACAGUGCCUCCCCUGUUUUAAUGCCAACCCUGCAUAAUGCCGUAUGCCACUGAUUUUCACAAACAAAUGGUCAAAUUCUAUAGGGUUUAAUUACCCUCCAUAUUAAUGCCAAUUACCUAACACCCAUCAAUAAUCACACCUGUACUUUGAUAGUGGUGUGGUGAAGUGUGACAGUUUGGACAAGGUAUUCAGGUGGCAAGGUUAAUUACUAAUAAUUGCAGAAUUGAACUCCAGAUAAUUUAAAUAUUUAUACAGAAUGGAGUCCAAAUAACUAUAUGGUAUUGAAUUUCUGUUGAUUGCCCAGUGAAUUGUCUGUAAUGGUGAAUUCGUUAUAAUGCCAACCUUGCUUUAUUGCCCAAAUUCGUCUUAAACAAAAGUUGGCAAUAUAUCGAGGGAGCACUGUAUGUGACUUUUUUUUUUUUAAUUAUAUUUUCAUCUCCUAUGUAUGAAAGGUUUUUGUAUGAUUUCCAAAAUAGGUUUAAAUUGUAUAGUAUAGUAAUAUUUCUAUACUUGGUAUGUGGGCCUGGUUCAGCUCAGUGGUUAAAUAACCUAUCUAGUAAUGCAAGGGUACAGGGUUCAAUCCCUGAUUGAUCCAAAGAUUUUUCUCCCUCACUUUGCUACAAAAGUGGUAGCCUGGUUCCCGAAGCCUUCCGAUUGUGCAAGCACAGAAGGACUUGGGAUUCAGGCUACAAAAAAGUCCAUAUAAAAGUUUUUUAAUACACUAGAGCUGACUUUACACUUUUACUUGCCAUAACCAAGAACUUUCAAAAUAUGCUAAAUCUAAAAUGGACUUUGUAAUAUAGUUUUUUGUAGAAACAAGAAAUGAUGCAAAUGAAUUGCACCUGAAAUAUCACAAAAAAUUAUAUAUUACGGAAUAACAUCAUGUACGUAUUUAAGUUUGCCUAAUGUGCCAUACUUGGGAAGAAUAUAUAAUAUUGUUAAUGAUGUAUCUUAAUAUUGAGAGUAACUCGGUAACCUUGAAUAAUGUUUAUUAACAUGUUAUGUUAGUGAAUAUACAUGUAUAACAUUGUUAAUGAUGUAUCUUGAUAUUGAGAGUAACUCGUUAACCUGAAUAAUGUUUUGUUCGUGCAUUCGUGUCCGUGUGAAUGGACGCUAUUUUGUACAUUUGACAUAUCUUGCAGUGAUAAAUUUGAUAAAUUAG